UCGGUAUUGACACACAUGUGUAUGUUGACACUGGCGUUGGGAGGGAGCAGACGGUUUAGAUAAAAUGCCGUCACAGCGGAUCCUGUUUAGGGUAUUCCUGUAUCUCAUCUGUUUAUCUGUCCUCGUGGCUUUCCUCGUCUUUGUGAGUGUAGACUACAGCGACGGGUAUACCGGAAGCAAAGACACAUUGGAAUAUGAAGAGGAGACCAAAGACUUCCAUGACCCGGAUGGAGAGAUCAAGGCCCUGAGAGAGGUCAUCACAGUUCCUAUCGUUCUAUGGUGGACCCCAUUUACGGGUGAUCGUGGAUCUUACAAACGAUGUGGUGACCACAGCUGUUUCUUCACCGUAGAUCGGCACUACCGGAGACACAACAGGACAAAGGUGUUUAUGUUCUAUGGCACUGACUUGGACCAUGUAGACAUGCCAUUACCAAGAAAUCCAAACCAGUACUGGGGCCUUCUGCACGAGGAAUCUCCUAAAAACAAUUACAUUUACUCUCACAAGCCUGUCGUGACGUUAUUUAACCACACGUGUACCUUUAAGAGAGAGUCUGACUAUCCUAUCACCACGCAGUACCUACCUAGUUUGGAUUGGCUUUCGAACACGGAGUAUAUGGUUCCAACAGCGGAAAAGAACCGCCUACAGAAAACGGAAUUAUCUCCCCUUAUAUACGUCCACAGCGACUGUGGCACGCCAAGUGCCCGUGACACGUAUGUAGAACUACUGAUGAAGUACAUCGGGAUAGACUCGUACGGCAAGUGUGUCCACAACAAGGAUCUACCUCCACAUUUACAAGAUCCAAUACAAGGCAUGGGUCAUGGUGACUUUUACAAGCUGAUAUCCAAGUACAAGUUCUCGCUGGCCUUCGAGAAUUCUCUGUGUGACGACUACAUUACCGAGAAGCUGUGGCGCCCUCUGAUGGCGGGAUCGGUUCCCAUCGUCAUGGGUUCACCAAAGGUCAAAGAGUUCUUGCCUUCCAACCACUCAGCAAUAAUCGUAGAGGAAUUUGAAUCUGUAAAGAAACUAGCUGAAUAUAUCAAGUUUCUCAACGAAAACGACCAUGAAUAUGAAAAAUAUUUAAGCUGGAAAAAGACAGGAAUACAAAAUAAGUAUUUGAUAGAAUUAAUGAAAAAUCGUGAGUGGGGCGUAGAUGGAUCUCAAGGUACAAAGUAUCAUAACUUUAUCGAUGGAUUUGAGUGUUUUGUUUGUCAGAGAAUUCACGAAAAUGAAAUAUUAAUGAAGCAGGGUAAAAAACCACGAACAUACCUUUCUUCUCACAAUCACUACGGCUGCCCCGGCCCUACCGCUUACAACAGUGAAGGCGUUAGGAAUGGACCUGAGGGAGGCAAUAGUUGGGACUACGAGUUUGAAAACAGUCGGUACACCGCGGCGGCCCUCAGGUACCAUAUAGACAAGGGUGUUCCUUACACCAAAACACAGCUACUGGCAACAGUGAACAGGAUGAAAAAUCAGGACCUGAAGUAGCGUCUGCAUUUUAUACAAUAGACAAGCCAUCUGUUUUUUAGUUGUCAUUGCAUGUGUCUUGUUAUCAUCGCAGAUGUGUCGUCUUCAUCUGUAAUCUCUGUAGCAAUGUCGUGUGUCUGUGUUAACGCGAGAGAGAGAGAGAGAGAGAGAGAGAGAGAGAGAGAGAGAGAGAGAGAGAGAGAGAGAUUUAUACUUUCAUUGAUUACACCGUCAUUAGUUAUAAUGCCAUUGCUUAUACAGUCAAUUUCUUUAUACUUUAAUUGACGAUACUGUCAUGGUGCUAGAUUUUAAUGAAAUUACUAUGCAAUCAUUUUCUAUCUGAAAUCCAUUUUUAUGUUUGUUUGGCUGUUCAAAUCCUCUGAAGUCUGUGAUAGAGAGAGCACGUGAGGGAAGAAUAUGCAAUAUAUAAGACAAUAAAUUCUAAAUUAUACUCGAAGUCCUUGUUCCCCGCUUUCUCGCUUUCUCUCACUUUCACUAUUGACUACAUUACGAGGGCGCUCGGUCAAUAAUAACAUAUUCCCGUCAUGAGGAAAAAAGCAUAAGUUGCACCGGAACAUGUCAAAUUGUAUGACGGGUUGUACGACGGGUUGUAUGACGGAUUGUAUGACGGUUUGUAUGACGGGUUGUAUGACUGAUAGUAUGUACAGGUUGUAUGACUGAUUGUAUGCACAGGUUGUAUGACGGAUUGUAUGACGAAUUGUAUGACGGAUUGUAUGCACAGGUUGUAUGCACAAAUAAUGAUAGUUCGAUACGAACACGACUGAAUAAAACGAGGGAGGAGGAUUUGUGACCUAUUACAUAACAAUAAACCACUGAUUUAACACAAUUAAAAAUAUCGAUAUAUUCUGCCACAAGGGUGAAAUAUAUACCGGAUCUUACAUGAGGUUCCAUUUCAUG